AUGGCACCUCUACGCCAGCCACCUUCGCCUAAUGCGCAACCCACAAAAUUGAUUCUCAAGAAAUCCUCAAACCUGGGCUCGCAGAAUGCUGCAGCUACGUCUGGCUCGCUCUUCCCCUCCUCGAAGAAGGACAAGCGUCGAAUUAAGCACUCGCAACUCAUAAACAAGGUUACGAAAUCCAGUGAAAGGAACCCCAAGCGAAGAAGACCGAACAAGAAACUGGUCACAACACUCGAUGCAUUGGCGGACGCCCUGCCGCGAAGUGAAGAAACUGGCGACGACGUGGGUGGGACCAAGAUUGUUACCACAGGGGAAAGACCGCAAGAUCAAGUGAACAUUAUCAAGCGGAAGAGCAUCAAAUCUCGACCUGGAGCACUGAAGCGACGAGAGAAUGUCGACAGAGGUGAGAGAGAUAGGUUCGCCAAGAACAUGGCGCAGCUAGCGAGUGCUACGUCCACUUCUGCGGCUACCGAGAAACGAGAUAGCAAAGACAACGAGGAAUCUUCCCCGAACACAGCUGCCAUUCCAUCGACGAGUGAGCGGUGGGCAGCUCUGAGAAGGUUUAUCUCUCAGACCCUGGAGACGAAACCUGAGUUAAAAGCGCUGAAGACUUGA